CACAAAUCUUCACAAAAAUGGCUUCUGAUAAACAACAAACCAGCAAAGACAACAAGGACAUUGGAAGAGGAGGAGUAAUCGGCCAACAGGAACACAUUGUGCCCACAAUGACAACCCAUUUUGAGUCCUUCGCGAUGGAAGGAAAAGAUUCUAAGAACAGAGCCAAAGCAGAGGAAUCAAGUGUUGGUGGCCAAGAAGGUCAGGAAGAGAGGGAGAGUCAGCAACCUUCAUUUGAAGAGACAACGAAGCUCAGACAAACAGCGCAACAGAAUUCUGCGGAGGCAAUAAGAGCUGCGGAAGAGCGAUAUAAUCAAGCCAAGGAAACAGCGGUUCAAAAAGCUCAACAAGCCAAGGAAACAGCGACUCACAAGGCUCAGCAGGUUAAGGAAUUGGCUGCUCAAAAGGGUCAAGAGACCAAGGAAACGGCGGCUCAAAAGGCUCAACAAGCCAAGGAAUUGGCAGCUCAAAAGGCUCAAGAGAUCAAAGAAACUACGGCAGAGAAGACUGAACAAGUAAAGGGGACAGUUUCGCAAGCCAAGGAGUAUGUUGUGGAGCAGGCAGUGGCGGCAAAAGAUGCGACGGCGGAAAAGGCUGAGGUAGCCAAGGACAAGGCUGCUGCAACUGGUUGGACGGCGGCUCAUUACACGACUGAGAAAACAGUGGACGGGACAAAGGCGGCUGCCGAGGCAGUUAAAGGGGCGGUUGAAUAUGUAGGUAGUAAGGCUGCAGAGUUAGUAAGCAAACCCCUGGGCGCUGCAAAGGAGGCUGCUGUCUCAACCGGUGAGAGCAUGAAAGAGUACACGGCAAGGAAGAAAGAAGAGGCCGAGAGAGAGUUGGAGGCCAAGCAAGGCUCAACAACUGAAUCACAGGGCACUGAGAGGAGUUACUGGGAAGGAGAAGAGAAAGAAGAAGAAAGAGGAAGCAGAGGAAGGGAAAGUAUCACCGAGGAGUACUUCGAGCAUGGCCAAGAUGAGCAACAACGCAAUGCAAAGGGAGGAGGGGUUCUUGAGGCGAUUGGCGAAACUAUAGCCGAGAUAGCACAGACAACGAAAGAGUUCGUCAUCGGAAAGAGCAAAAAUGUUUCAGGGGAGCAAGGUGGGGAUGAAUAUGAACACAAUGUGAACAAGUAGUAAAUGUCUGGUCUUGAAUAAGAACAUAAUAUUAUUAAUUUGAUCGUUUUGUUUCAGUUGUUUUCUUGAGAAGGGAAUGAAUAACUAGGGGUGGUUGUAUGUAUUUUGGUUUUAAUAAGAGUUUGGAUUAAUUCUGGUCUUGGUAUACAACAUCA